AUGUGGGUCCUUCACCUUCAAAUUCUGGUUUCCUACAAGCGUCUCCAAAGCCUUCAGAAGUUGCAACCACGCCAGGCCAAACCCGUGGAGGCUCCAAGGAGCAGCUACAGCGAGCUGGACAGCAAGAUCUUGCAGUUGUGCGGGGAACUGUACGAUCUGGAUGCAGCCUCCCUCCAGCUCAAAGUCAUUAAUUACCUGAAGCAGGAGACCCAGUCUCAAUGUUGCUGUCUUCUCUUGGUCUCAGAGGACAACAAUCAGCUCUUCUGUCAGGUGGUCGGAGAUAAAGUCUUGGAGGAGGACAUGAGCUUCCCGCUAACCGUUGGACACUUGGGAAAAGUCGUGGAAGUGAAGCAGUCCCUCAUCCUGCAAGACAUCAGCUUGGAGGAACACAAGCAACUGAACACCAUGUUGGGCUUCGAGGUGACCUCCAUGCUGUGUGUCCCCGUGGUCAGCAGAGCCACCUCCCAGGUGGUGGCCUUGGCCUGUGCCUUCAACAAACUUGGUGGAGAAAGCUACACGGAAGCGGAUGUCUACAAAAUCCAACAUUGCUUCUGCUACACAUCGACGGUGCUGACCAGCACGCUGGCCUUCCAGAAGGAGCAGAAACUCAAGUGGGAGUGUCAG